CAUGCACUGGCACGUUGUACUGUCUGCGUACUGUCCAGGGGCCUGACUGACAGGCUGCUACUGUUGGACUAAGUCACAUUCCUACAGGGAGGAGGUGGAUAAAACCAGACUAUUCUGCUUGCUGCGCAGAGAAGAAGUCCCUCUCUUUCGCUGUGUGUUACUGAUGCACGGCUGAGUUUGAGCGCCGGGAGGGGGUGUGUACUGUUUGUGUAAAGGGAGCUGUCAUCCCAGCAGUGUUAAUGCUAGUGCUAGCCACAGGAGGCGUACACAAGGCUACUGGUUGGUUUUAGUGCUGUGGGAAGCACUAAUGGGAUUGUCUCAGAGAGGGACCUGGGUAAGCUGAGAGAUCUGUGGCUUGAUACGGAUACACAACAACACCAACUGACUGAUCUGUUCCUGAUGGUGAUUCUCAGACAUUCUCCUGGAUCAACUGUGAAGGCAUAGUUGUAGCUGUGUGCCAUACUUCAAAAAGUUGCUGCCCAAUCAAGUCAUUUGAAUCCCAUGGAAGUAAAUGGCUAUUCAUUUUGAGGUGCUUUGAAAACUUAACUUGAUAUAAAUCAUUGGGUAUGCAGUAAACUCAAACACAGCUGUGCUGAAACAUAACAAAAGCCUGCCAACAUGUCCAGUGUGAAGACAAAGUGUAGACCCUCGCAGCUGGCCCUCUCCUCAGGGCCAGGGGACUGUAACGGUAACUCAGUGGCCUGUCUCGGGACCUCCUCCCUGGACUCUCUGAGGAGCCUGAGUGAUGGAGACUCCUCCAGUGCCCCUGACGUGGACAUAGAGUGUUGCCUGAUUGAGGGCUCCCCGUCCCCGGCCAACCACCACACAGACCACCUAAGAAAUGUACCCCUCAAUAGCACAUUCACAACUAACACACCCAUAAACGGUAACCUCAAACGUGGCUCACCUCCAGAGAAUAGCUCCCUUGACCUCAUCACAUUUCCAGAGAAUAGCACCUGCGCUGUCCUCUCACCUGCAGUGACUGUACCUGGUGAGGGGGACAUGUUGGAACCUGUCCAAACAUCUGUCUCCAGCUGUGUGAACACCAGCCUGGACAACUGGAACGGGAAUAUCACUCUGGUGAUCACCAGCCUGCAGGGGCACCAUGGUGAAAACCAGAGUGACUGGAGGAGUACUACAUCGUCUGGUGACAUGAGUGUUGCUGCCUCUCCUGAAUUGGCCUCUCCUGAAUUGGCCUCUCCUGAGGGGGAAGAGAGCUCCAGCUCUGUGUCGCUCCGUGGCUCCAGUGAGAACAACUGCUCCAACGGCUCAGGGGAGAUGGUGAUGAGGUGGAACAGCUUCUGUCUGGAAGAGGCUGACACUCUCACUGUGUCUCUGUCUUUGGUGGAGCUGUCCACCAGUUCCUCUGCCCAUGGCUCCCCUGCCCUGCCUGCUGACCUGGGCCAUGGCCUGCUGUCAAUGUCCACCACCACCACCCUGCCCUACGUCUGUGACGGCCUCCUGGAGAACAGACCCACUGACACCCUCAAAGUAAAGGACAACCCAGGCCCUCAGUGCUGGGGCACGACCUUUAUCCAGUCAGACGACCAGGAUCUCCCUCCUGAGGGUGGCUGCCUUGCACCGCCUCGGUCUCCUGUGGAUGUGGAUCCCUGUGAGGCAGAGGGUGUACACCAGGCCACCUUUCUGUGUGAGCCAACCCCAUCUGCUGCAUGUGGAGGUGCUUCUCCAGCCCCCAGCAGACGGGCCAGCUCGGAUACCUAUUUCAGUGGAGGAUCCACCGAGGGCAGGACCUUCAUGCUGCCAGCCUCAGAGGAGCUGGACCUUGACGGCCGUGCCCAGACCUCCACACCAGUGCAGUGUGCUGGGAACAAACCCCUGGACUUGCCCUCCCUAACGGAGUCACCCUGCACUGGGGAACGAAGUCACACUGGUAGCCCUGUGGUCCAGACGGCUAUCGACCAGCGAGGGGCGGCCCCAAGGCUCGCAUCCCCAAAACACCGUUUGGUCGCCAGGCUUCCCCCAUCAGCAAACAGAAUUAGCAAAGCAGAAAUCAAAAAGUUUCCCAAGCCGGAUUUCAGCAGAGUGAGACCCAAGAUCAUGUCGAGACCAGCUCAUCCGUUGAUAUUGGGAAGCCCUGGACCCGCAAAGAAUAAACCAGUCAACCAGCCCUGUCGUAAACCAUCUCAAGUGAACAGGAACACUCCAAUGAGAAACACUCCUAGUAAACUAGCCACAGUGGAAGAUGGCCGCCCGAGGGCUGCUGGGGCCGAGAAUGCAAUGCCUGAUUUCCUGGGAAUGACAUUUAUCCAGGCAGAUGACCAAGACCUCUCUUUGGCUGCUGGGUCUCACAUUGGUCCACUUGCUCUUAGUUUGACUGAGGAGGCAGAGUGUCGAGCAUCCCUGUGUGAUUCUGUCUCUGCUGCAUUUGAUAAUGUCCCACCAGUACCCAGCAGUCAGGCCACUAGUCGUGUCAGCUCAGAGGCCGAGCAUGUGGCUUCUAACUGUGGAGGAGGACCCGCUCCAGUGCUGCCUGGAAACCAGACCUGUUUCCCAUCUCCCACAGAGUCACCCUCCACAGAACAGCGAGCAGACCCUGCACCAGCCCUGGACAGUACUGGCAAGGCUGGCAACAAGGAGGAAGUGCCACAGAGGAAGAGACCUGGCUCUGUCUCCUCAGCCUCCUCACCAUCCAAUCAGGCACCAGUGUCAGCACGGCGGUCCCGCUGCUGGUCUGAGAGUUCCUCCACUACAUCUACACCACACAGGGAGUCCAGAGCCUCCCCUAGCGGCUCAGCUAGCUUCAUCAUCCCCAAGGCCUACGUCCACCUGGGACAGAGCCAGGCCAGACCAGCCAGCCACAACCGCACUGGCAGUGCCCACAACAAACCGCCUGAGACCAGGAAGGAAGCAGAAGAGCAAAGCAGCAAGGAGAUGAAGAAAACCUGCCUUGUGACGGCCUCCUCUAAGACUGCGGUGGGAGCAACGGCAGCAGUAGGAGCUGCCUGUGACAGGAUUAAGAGUAGAUUUGGAGCACGGCCAUCCCUCAACAGAGCCAGAGGAGCCCCAGCCUCAGCCCCUCAGGCUCUCCCUCCAGUAUCUAGGCAGAGGCAGGGAAGAGAUGUCUGCAGCAGUGCCUCCGGCGGGAUGUGUUCGCCACGGGCCAAACAGAGCACCACAGCAGGUCAUCAGAGGUCCCAGACAACAGAGGGACUGCCUGUUGGAACCUCCUCAGCCAACGGCAGCACUAAGCCCCCAGUGACUGGUUCCAGACUCCCCCAGGCCUCUGGUCACACCCUGGCUGUGGGCUCCAGCCAGCCCUCAACUGCUGCCUCCUCCUCCAGACUGCCCUACAAGUCCCAGGGUGUCUCCAAGAGCAUCCCUUCCAAGGCCAGUGUACACAAUGAGCACAGUGGCAGCACAGGAAAUGCACAAGUUUCUGCAGGAGUAGCCCAGGUGUCUGUGGGAAGACCAGCCUCAUGCAAGACCACAGUGUUAAAAGCUAGACUCCUCUCACACCCAGGGAGUAACAUAGGACCUGGUGAGAUGGGAUUCUCAUACAGACAUACUGUAGUUAUCCACAAAACCAACGAGUGACGAACAGCUCUUCUAUUGGCUGUUUUCCCCCAAGAUUUAGUUUUAUUUCCUUCCUGAAGUUAAAUUGUUUUUGUUCUCCUCAGUUUGUAUUUUUCUAAAUCCCUCAAUCUCUCAAAUUCUAAUCAGAUUAGUUGUUAGUCUGUUUUGUGUAUCACCUAAAAUCCCAUAAUGCAGCGCAAAUUAGAUGGAGCCUCUCUAGAUUCACAACAUCUGCUAUCAAAUGCCUGGGAAGCGAAAUUUGGGUGAUUAGGAAAUAGAUUAGUGAACCAAAAUGCGGACUUGAAUCUUUUGUUUAGAUUUGUCAACAGGGUGCUGAUGGACACUGUUAAAACAAACUUAUG